CCUCCGUCAAUUUUCCCCAUCAGCAAUUAUCAAGUCAAACCAGCCCCAAGCCCUCCAGCCAGCAAUCAAACCCCUUCGACAGUCAAACGCAAAGCUUCGUUUCUCGGGCAGAACUCCUCUUUUUUCAAGGACACAGCACCAUCUUUUUCUUUUUACCAAACGAGGCUUUUUGCUUUCCUCCAUCUAAUCGUCAGGCAAAAUUCAAACCGUCAAGCACCCACAAAAGAAAAACAUGUCCACCAACGCCACUGAGACCGUCGCUGCUGCUGCUCCUGAUACUGUUGAGACUGUUACCGAUGCUCUCAAUGAUGCUACUCUUGCUCCUAUGACCGAAAUUAGCGAGGCAGAUGCUGCUCAUGCUGCUUCUGCUGCUGAAGGCAGGAGACUUUACAUCGGGAACCUUGCCUACGCUACUACUGAGGCGCAGCUAAAAGAAUUUUUCGAAGGGUUUUCUAUUGAAUCCAUUUCCAUCCCCACUAACCCUCGUACCUCUCGUGCUGUUGGCUAUGCCUUCGUUGAUGUCACCACUAAGGAAGAGGCAGAACGUGCAAUUGCGGAGCUCAGUGGAAAAGAGGUUUUGGAGCGCAAAGUUAGUGUCCAACUAGCCAGAAAGCCUGGCACAUCUGGCUCCUCCAAAAAGGAGAGUGAAAACGGUGCACCUGCGGAAGGGCAACAGCAGGCACCUCAUGAAGGGGCAAGAAAGCCUAGGGGCAGUCCCAGGCACCGUGGAAGGGGAAAAUUCCGGGGUCCACGGUUCCGCCCGAACCGUGAGAAUGGCACCGCCAGUGAAGAAGAAAAGCCCGCACUUACCAAUGCUCCCGGACAAGUUCUUCCUCUCACUGAGGCUCCCCUCUACUCGGAUACUCCUGAUACUUCUAAAAAUGCUAUAGCCAGUGUUCCCACUAGCCCAGCUGCCGAGGGUGAGGGUAACGCCACUGGCGGGUAUAGGCCAAAAAAGAAGAGAGGCCCCCCAGAGAAUGGUGUCCCAAGCUCCACCAAGGUCAUGGUAGCUAACCUCCCCUAUGAACUUACUGAGGAAAAGCUCAAGGAAUUGUUUGCUCCUUAUGAUCCCGAAUCUGCUAAAAUUGCUCUCCGUCCAAUCCCCCGCUUCAUGGUUCGCAAGCUUCAAGCACGUGGCGAGCCUCGUAAGGGACGUGGUUUUGGUUUUGUUACCUUGGCCUCCGAGGAGAUGCAGAAGAAGGCCGUCGAGGAGAUGAACGGAAAGAUCGUCGAUGGCAGAGAGAUCGCUGUCAAAGUUGCCAUCGAUAACCCCAAGGUUGAGGGAGAGGAGGAGGGCGAACACGUUCAGGAGGAGAAAAAGGAGGAAGCCGGCGAGACUAAUGGCAUCAACUUGGAGCAACCUGAAGCUCAGGCUACUAAUGCCAUUUAAUGGAUUAACGAUGAUGGGUAGAGCUGGGUACGGAAACCGAACUUUUGAUUUCAUUCAUGAGCAACAAAGAUCUUUGCGUAUUAUUACGUUGCUUAUGGGAGAGGUUGGGAUACAUUUCUGUUUUAGGUUCUAUCUUAUAUGACGUGCUAUGAAAAAUGAAAAAUUAGAGGAGUGGGAAAUGAGUUUGUGGGGGUUUUCUCACUCCUUCAAUGCUAUGUUUCUCGGUUUGACGACGAUGGUGGGACUGAAAUGAGUUGAGGUGACAAAUUUCUUUGCUUGCCAGCGAAUACGGUCUGGUUUUGUUUGCUUCCUUAUCUUUUCUCAAAUCAUUGGUCUCCCAAGAGUUUCGGGAAAGGUGAAGGUGACUCAUAUUGGAUUCACAGGAGUUGGUAUUAAAGAAAAAAUUUUAAUCGUUCGACAAUGA